GGCUGCAUACACGCACACAUAUAUAUUUUUUUAAGUUUCUUCAGUUAAAAGUUGCCUAACUCUUCGGCCACAGACUCUCACUAAAGGAACAAAUUUCCAAUUUUACUCCAGCAGAAAGAAACAAGCUCUCCUCAGGUCUUCCCAAUGGACUCUCUUGCAGCAUCCGUGAACCAGUUUGCCCUGGAGUUUUACAAAAAGUUAUCUGAAUCUGCAGAGGGUAAAAACAUCUUCUUUUCUCCCUGGGGAAUUUCCACAUCCCUGGCCAUGGUGUACUUAGGCACCAAAGGAAAUACUGCAGCUCAGAUGGCUCAGGUACUUCAGUUUAACAAAGGGCAGGACCUCAAAUCAGGUCCUGAGAGUGAAAAGAAGAGAAAAAUGGAAUUUGGCUCUGGCAGGCUUGGAGAAAUACACUCUGAUUUCCAGACACUCACCGAAGAGCUUCUUAAGCCUGGCAGCUCUUACAUACUUAAGACUGCCAAUAGGAUCUACGGGGAGAGAACGUACGCGUUCCAUAAUAAAUACUUAGAGGACAUGAGGACCUAUUUUGGUGCAGAGCCACAGUCUGUUAACUUCAUAGAAGCUUCUGACCAGAUCCGGAAAGAGAUCAACUCUUGGGUGGAGAACAGCACUGAGGGUAAAAUUCCAAAUCUCCUACCUGAAGAUGCAGUGGAUUCCAUGACCAGGAUGGUUUUGGUGAAUGCCCUGUACUUUAAAGGAAUCUGGGAGCAUCAGUUCUUGGCAAAAAACACCACAGAACGGCCUUUCAGAAUAAACAAGAAUACAAGCAAGCCAGUGCAAAUGAUGUCAAUGAAAGAGAAACUUCAAGUUUUUUACAUCGAGAGGCCACAAGCCAGAGGUCUUCAGCUCCACUACCAAAGCCGUGACCUCAGCCUGCUGGUCCUCCUGCCGGAAGAGGACAGCAGCCUGGACCAGCUGGAGGCGGCCCUCACCUGCCAGAAGCUGAGCCAGUGGACCAGUCCAGACAUGAUGGAGACCUAUGAGGUGCAGCUGCAUCUGCCCAAGUUCAAGGUGGAGGAGCGCUACGAUCUCAAGUCGACCCUGACCAGCAUGGGCAUGGGCGACGCCUUCAGCCCGAGCGAAGCCGACUUCUCGGGCAUGACUUUGGAAAGAGACCUGUUUCUGUCCGACGUCUUCCACCAGGCCUUUGUGGAAAUCAAUGAGCAAGGCGCGGAGGCGGCGGCUGGCUCUGGGAGUGAGGUCAGCUUUCGGAUCCAGCUCCCGUGCAUUGAAUUCAACGCAGAUCAUCCUUUCCUUUUCUUCAUCAGGCACAACAAAACCAACAGCAUUCUCUUUUAUGGGAGGUUCUGCUCCCCCUAAACCCACAAUCUCUUCUCUAAUAAAAGUGCCUUGCACGUCAAAAGUUUGCUAUAAAGUGGAGAAGCACAAUUGUCACAAAGAUAAAGUCUGUAAGCCAAGAAAUGUUUCACUCUUGAAUAUUUGUAAAUAAAUCUUAAAACACUGAA